AUGGCAGACAAAGAUAAGAACACACCAAACUCUUCAAAAUCUCCUUCUACAGUGAAUGCGGAUGCUUCAUCGUCUUCUAAGCCUCCGCCACGCGUCAUCGGUAACUUUACCACCCAGACAGACGCUUCACGCAUUGGACCGUCAACAACGAGGAUGAAGUUUACACCGAACAUGCCUGUCAAAAAGAAUCAACCAGAAGAUACCCUUGCAAAGCCUACGAUACAAGCAACCACAGCGCCAGCCUCUUCGUCUACACACGCAGCUGGGGCUCCUCCCGGACGUACAAGAGGAACCACUCGGGGUCGUGGAAGAGGAGCUGGGCGAGGAGAUGGCCCUAAAUAUGGCGGUGCGCAAGUGGAAAUGGUUCCAGUGGGACCAUUUGCGAUGGGUCCUGUAGCGGCCGGCAUGGCAGGCACUUCUCGAUCCGCAGCAAAUGUCCAUACCUCGUCUGGUGGAGGUCCCGGAGUGGUACGUGGAGGUGUCAAACCCAGCGAUAUUACGAGUGGGGCAAAGGGCGGUGGAACAGCGCUCCCGCAGAACAGGGACACGCUUGUAAUGGAUAACGAAGCACACGAAAUCUAUUCCGAUGAUGAAGGCGUGGCGAUUAUCGAUUUGGAAGACGUCAAAGCUCUAGACUAUAUGGCACCCGAUGCACUCAAGCGAGAGCGUCGCAAGAACAAGGGCAAGGGCAAACAAAAGGCAAAAAAGGAACCAGGAGUUAAGCCAGAAAUCAUCGAUACCGAAUUGCAUGCGGAAGAGGGAAGGGGAGAGGCGAAAGCAUCGCCGGUCAAGAAUGAGAGUCAGGCGUUGGAUUUAUCAGAAAGCGGAGAAGAAAUCGAGCUGGAGGAUCUUCAACAGCACUUUCAAAUUCCUGACGAUGGCGAUGGAUUCCAUCAGGAUCAGUUCUACUUCUUCCAAUUCCCAGACAACUUUCCGAUCUUUGAACCUCCGUACACGCCUUCAUCCGAUGCGGAAGCUGACGUUGUCGAAGCUGACACUGCAGAAGCCAACAACAAGGUGGGAAAGAAAGUGGCCUUUGCUCAGGAUGUCAAGAGCGGAACAAGUGGAGCCACGAGUGGAGCCACGACGCCUCAACCACGAAUCACUCCCCGUAUAGAGGGCCUCAUCGGACAGCUCGAGAUUCGUCGAAGUGGUAUUUGCCGCCACACAACCUCGUUCCUCCAGCAAGCUGUCACGGUCGAUCUCGAGAACAAGCGGAUAAGCGUCUUGGGAAGUGUCACCCAGCGCUUUGUGUGCACGCCAGACAUCGACGUUCUCACCAAUUCGAAACAAGAAACGAUGGACCUUGACCUCUCCUGA